AUGUGUUCGGAACAGAGCGGAAUUGCUUGUGCCAUGACAAGGGCUACUGCUGGAUGCGGGAAAUCCAUUGAUUUUGGUUAUAGCUCGGAGAGAGAAGCGCCGCUGCUACAACGAAAGUUGGUUGCCCUGAAGCACCGGUUUUAUAAAGCGAUGCUUGUUCCGUGUUCUAUUGGUCAGCAGCAGCAGAGGCAAAGUCGGGGAACGGGAAGCGGAGACUGCUGUUUCUGGUUACGUCAUGGAGUGACCACUAUGGCCUGCUUCUGGUUGCUGUGA